CCAUUGGUCUACGUGUGAUCAGUCAAAUCUUCGCCCGGAUGACGUCGUAACGCGCCCUUGAGGGAGGAGUUUGGGUGUUGCCUCGGUCUCGGAGCCGAGUGAGCCCCAGUUGUGACGGAGCCACUCGCGCCUCGUCCUGUCUCCGGCCUACAGCUGCCACCGUCUCGCGAAGUCUGCGUCGUAAACAUCCACCCAACGGUCCGCCAUGGGAGUCGAAGGCUGCACCAAAUGCAUCAAGUAUACGCUUUUCUUCUUCAACUUCAUCUUCUGGCUUGCAGGGGGUGUAAUCCUGGGUGUUGCCCUGUGGUUGAGACAUGAUCCGCAGACAAGCAAGUUGCUGCAUCUGGAAUAUGAUGGAGUCCAUGCCCCCGCCACCUUCUACACAAGUGUCCACAUCCUAAUUGCCGUCGGUGCUGUGAUGAUGGUUGUCGGUUUCCUCGGGUGCUAUGGUGCCAUUCAGGAGUCCCAGUGCCUGUUGGGAACUUUCUUCGCCUGCCUUGUCAUCUUGUUUGCCUGUGAGGUGGCAGGUGGAAUCUGGGGCUUUAUGCACAAAGACACUGUGUCAGAAGAGAUGAUCAAGUUCUAUGACUUUCUGUAUGACAAAGCCAUGGAAAAAAGCGUCAUUGAUCCGGAUAAGAAGGAGCCUCUUAGCAAUGCGCUCAAGGUUUUCCACUACACGCUGAAAUGCUGUGGUAAGAGCCAGGUGACCAACUUUCUAACACAAAUAUCUGAGAAGCUUGGCGUCACCGAUAUCUGCCCCUCUCCAGUUACUACAACUAGUUGCCACCAACAAAUCCGUAGCUUGUUCUCAGAUAAUAUUUCCUACAUUGGAAGUGCUGCUCUGGCGGUUGCAGUGAUUCUGAUCUUUGAGAUGAUCUUCAGCAUGGUGCUGUGCUGCGGGAUCCGCAACAGCCCAGUGUACUAAAGGGACACGUCCCAGCCUGAAGGAAGCAUUUUCUCAUUUUUAUUAGCUCUUGUUUCUCUUCUAAGCAGGAAAUGCCACAUAUAUCGCUUGCUGGAUUUAGUCAGCUCUUUGUGAAGACGACGUAAACCAUCCUUCCAUCGAUCGUUCUAGUUACACUGUCAUUGUAGUUGUUCUCUUGAUCACAAUGCAUAUUUGACCAGUGCUAACCUAAACCUGAUAUGUAGGUAUUUGUAUCACACUGUCACAAAUGAGUUGUAUUGUUCACCAGUUUUGGUGCUUUAAUCCUUUUUAAGGAUUCAUUAGUUGUUUACUACUUUCUUCGAUAUGAACAUGCUCUUCUUUUUUUUUUUUCACUGUCUUAUGUAUAAACUGUAUAUAAAUAUAUAUGUUAACAGUGCUUUAUGACUGCCUGAGCAUGGAUAUUGUACUACAUUAGAAAGCCCCUCCCCUCCCAAAUAUUCUUCCUGCACUCUGUUUGUCUUCCCUUAGACUAAAUCGCAUAAUUGUGUAUAUAACCACUAGUGUUGGCCUUAGGUUCUCCAUGUCAGUUAAUCUUUGAAGCUGGAACCAAAAUCUAAGUGACCUGAUACCAUGUCAUAACCCGCCCCCUCACACACACGCCCUUAUUGUGUUUCUCCAGCUUCACAGCCUACUAACCUCCAUCACUGUCCCCGUCCAUGUAAUACCUGCUCCCAGUAUAGGGCGCAAAAGCUGUUCAGCUGUUCACCCCAGCUCAUUGUACUCCUGCAUUCAUGCACGGGCAUGUGUAUUUGUCGCGCACAUACUGACCAUGCUUUUAAACAUGUAGGUUUGCCCAAUGCAGAGAUGGUUCACUGCUCACGACCGUGAUGGUUGUUUUUUUUUUUUUUGUUUGUUUUUUUCCAAUAGUUAAAUUGAAGGGAAGGCUCAUACAGGUGGUGGUGCUUGUAAUUAAUGCGCAGCUAAAUGAACCACAAUAGUGUUGAAUCGGUGUGCCUGCCUGCUGAAGCUCCCACCUGGGACCUGUCUAUGUAGUGACAUCAUGUUCUUGCCUAGUUUCACGCAUCAUUUAUACUGUCAUGUUGUGUAACCUUCCAUAUUGUCAGCCAACUAAAACCCUUGUCUUGUUAACAUCUCAUACCUAAACUGAGCAACCGUAAACAUGUCUUUUGAUGUAUUUUACUAAUGGAGACUGUAGAAAGACAAUGUAUGCCUGUGUAUUGUAAUACCUUCACCGUUUAUGACAUCAGAUGUGUGUGGACACAAGGGGUGGAGGACUUUAAAGCAGUGAUCAAGUGGAAGUCAAACCAUCAUCCAGUUCCUACAUAAAGAAGAAGACAUCACUAGUGUCGUCCAGUGAUGAAGGGAACAGGUCUCCUUCUCUGACAGUAAAGUCCAUAUCGCUGCCUUUUCAAAUUGAGAACUGCCACUUACUGUAGGACCCACUGCCUCUUAAAGCUCGGCCCCAACUUCGGUUUGCCCAAAUAUAAAGGGAUUAAAUGUAUUUUACAAAUA